AUGUCCGCGAUAUCAGAUAACGAAUCUCUUAUAAUAUUAUUGGAAAGUAUUUCAACUCAAUGCAAUCGUUAUGCAACGCUUAUUAUUUUUCUGUUCGGUGUUGUUAGAAACAUUCUCAAUAUUCUUGUUCUCACUCGACGAUCUUUUCGUUCUAAUUCAUGUGCUUGGAUUUUCCUGACUUUAUCCAUUGUUAAUCUCAUUUCUAUUCUAUUUGGUCUUACUACACGAAUAAUUAAUGGUUGGACGACCGUUCCAACAGAUUAUAUUGGAUGGGCUUGCAAACUUCGUGCUUUUGUUGUAUUCUCAACAAGAACAAUUGCUUCAUGGUUAAUUGUAUUAGCCACUGUUGAUCGAUGGCUUUUAUCAAGUACCAAUGUUCAUCGUCGACAAAAAAGCACAUUAAAGAAUGCUCAACGAUGGACAACGACAAUUGUCAUUCUUUCAAUUCUUCUCUAUGCUCAACAAUUAUAUUGCUAUGAAGCAAAUCUGAUUGAUACUCCUCUGAAAUGUUAUGGUAAAACGGACGCAUGUCGUCUUAUCACUGAUUCAUCAUUUGCUGUGAUCACAAUACUAUUUCCUUUAGUUCUGAUGAUUUUAUUUGGUUUGUUAACUAUUUCAAAUGUACGUCAAUCACAACGUCGUAUUCAUCAAUUACAAUUACGGAAUAUGACGCUUACGAAGAAGAACUCAGCAGCAUCAAAUAAUGAAAAUCCAGACAGUAAAUCCAAAUGGAAAACAAAUCAUAGUCUUCUUCGAAUGCUUUUUUUUCAAGUUUUACUUCUCACUAUUUUUACUCUUCCACUGUCUCUUGAAAAAUUUUAUUCAACAUUCUCAGAAGGCAAUGGAUCUUCGGUACAAAAGGCUAUUAACAAUUUCGUAUAUGAAGUAGCCGCUUUAUCUUAUUUUAUAUCGAAUGGUAUACCCUUCUAUAUUUAUACAUUAUGUGGUGGAACUAUAUUUCGGAAAGCUUUGUAUGAUUUUUUUAUGCUGAUGAAACGAAAAAUGAUGCAUCGAUAG